AUGACUGUCAAUUCAAAUCAGCCGCGUGUCGUCAUUAUUGGCGCAGGGAUAGUCGGGGUCAAUCUUGCUGAUGAGCUUGUUUCGCGUGGUUGGGGCGACAUUACUGUCGUUGAUCAAGGUCCACUGGACAUGCCUGGAGGCUCAACUUCACAUGCCCCAGGAUUGGUGUUUCAAACCAACGCAUCCAAGACUAUGACUUUGUUUGCAAAGUACACUGUAGAAAAAUUUCUGUCUCUGGAGAAGGAUGGUCAGUCAUGCUUCAACCAAGUCGGCGGACUUGAAUUGGCCACCACGCCUGAGCGGCUUGAAGAGCUAAAGCGAAAGCACGGAUAUGCUUCUUCGUGGGGAGUCGAAGCACGCCUAAUCACUCCUGAUGAGUGCAUCGAGAGAUAUCCCCAGUUGAACAAGGAAAUGGUUCUUGGCGGCCUUCACAUUCCCAGCGACGGCUUAGCCCUGGCUGCCCGCGCCGUGCAAUUGCUCAUCUCGGCAACACGAGAAGCUGGAGUCAAGUACAUUGGCUCAACCCUGGUCACUGGUAUUGAACAGACUGAAGGCCGGGUGUCUGGAGUAAUAACAAACGACAGUAUCAUACCUGCAGACAUCAUUGUGUCUUGUGCCGGCUUUUGGGGAGUUGAAGUCGGUGCCAUGGUUGGCUUGUCGGUGCCUCUGUUGCCCAUGGCUCACCAGUAUGUGAGGACGACUGCAGUGCCGGGCCAAAAAGAUCAAAACCCUUUGCCAAACAGCGCUAGCCUACCGAUAUUGCGCUACCAAGAUCAAGAUCUCUACUACAGAGAGCACGGGGACCAGUAUGGAAUUGGAUAUUACGGUCAUCGCCCGCUUCCGAUUGUUGCCUCAACACUAGGUCCAACUCCAGAGGAUGUGAGCGAGUUCAAAAUGCCCUCUCGGCUCGAUUUCACACCUGAAGACUUUGAUCCAGCAUGGAAGUUGUCGAGAGAAUUGCUGCCAGCCCUCAAGGAAACGGAAAUUGCUGAUGGGUUCAAUGGAAUAUUUUCGUUCACGCCCGACGGUGGCCCUCUUGUUGGCCAAUCUCCAACAGUAGAUGGGUUUUAUGUCGCCGAAGCCGUUUGGGUCACACAUUCAGCCGGCGUGGCUCGCGCUUUGGCUGAAGUUCUCACCACGGGCAAGUCGCAAAUCGACUUGGCUGAGUGCGAGAUAUCACGGUUUGAGGAUGUCCAGCUCACUCCGCAAUAUGUCAGUGAAACAUCACAGCAAAACUUUGUAGAGGUAUACGAUAUACUGCAUCCUCUACAGCCGCGAGACUCCCCGCGCAAUCUACGGGUGAGCCCAUUCUAUACUCGUCAGAAGGAGCUGGGCGCGUUCUUCCUGGAAGCCGGCGCCUGGGAGCGGCCAUACUGGUUUGACACAAACGAGAAAUUGCUCAAAGAGUUGCCGGAGGAGUGGCAACCAGUUGAACGGGACGCGUGGUCAAGCAGAUACUACUCACCCAUUGCUGUUGCGGAAGCCUGGAAGACGCGGACGUCUGUAGCCAUGUACGACAUGACUCCUCUCAGGCGUCUAGAGGUAUCAGGGCCAGGCGCUGUCGGGUUGUUGGACUGGGCCACGACAGGAAAUGUCUCGAGGAAGCCAGGGGCGGUAACUUACACGCUACUCCUUGACGAGAAGGGCGGCGUUCGCAGCGACAUCACGGUCGCUAGAAUUCGUGAUGAUUUAUUCCAAGUUGGCGUGAAUGGACCAGUCGACCUCGCAUAUCUCUCUCGCGAGGCACGCAUUCAAACCAAGAACGCGCCUGACAAACCUGUUCAAGUACGCGAUAUUACUGGCGGCACCUGUUGUGUUGGUCUCUGGGGUCCCAGGGCUCGAGAUGUGAUUUCUCAGGUCACCUCAGACGAUUUUUCCGACAAGGGGCUCCGUUAUUUCCGCGUCAAGAGGGCAAGCAUUGCAGGCAUUCCCGUAACGGCUAUGCGCCUUUCGUACGUUGGCGAGCUUGGAUGGGAAAUCUAUGCGAGCGCGGAGAAUGGCCUGAGGCUGUGGGAUGCGCUCUGGAAAGCGGGGGAGUCUUAUGGAAUCAUUGCGGCCGGCCGAAGCGCCUUCAAUUCACUGCGUCUCGAAAAGGGAUUUCGCUCGUGGGGAACCGACAUGACGACCGAGCACAAUCCGUGGGAAGCUGGUGUCGAUUUCGCUGUCAAGAUGGAUAAAAAAGGAGCAUUCAUCGGUCAAUCCGCCCUCAAAGGUGUGUCAAAGGACACCAUCGCUAGAAAGCUGCGUUGCAUCACCGUUGAUGAUGGAAAGUCGAUGGUAUUGGGCAAGGAGCCAGUGUUUGUCAAUGGCAAGUCAGAGGGCUAUGUCACAAGCGCCGCGUUUGGGUUUACCAUUGGCAAGCCCAUUGCCUAUGCCUAUCUGCCCGCUGCGGUAUCUGAAGGGGACAGUGUAGAGCUGGAGUAUUUUGGGACUCGUAUUCCAGCGACUGUAACCGCAGAACCGCUUUAUGACCCCGAAAUGAAGCGACUUCGCGGAUGA